AUGGCACAAAGCUGCAAGCUGUUGACGGGCUUACGGAGUUUCUCAGAGCGCCUCCGCGCCAGCUGGACGUCACCGGUCUAUGGAUUCUAUGGCGCUACUCCCGAGAUCAUCUACGUCGGUUCGCGUCGCGCCCAUCUAUUCAAGUGUCUUGCGAAGGGGUGUACACGUUCGUGCCGCCGCUUCCUCGACAAGGGCGACGUGUCCUCCACUGGUAAUCUUCGGCGGCACGUGAAGAAGUGCUGGGGAGAGGCGGCGUUGAACGAGGCAGACGAGGCAGCGAAUAUCGACGAGGUCCGCGAGCACAUCGUCAAAGGCCUAAAGCGGGACGGUAAGAUAACCGCUAGCUUCGAGCGGAAGCAGGGGAAAGUUACGUACUCCCAUCGCACUCAUACUCGGGCGGAGACAAGGUACUGCUUGAUGAAGACGGGCAGGCCGGGUUACUGGAUCCCGUCACCGUCCACCGUGGCACGCGACAUCAAAGUAGUCUACAAGAAGACGCGCGAGAAGAUCGCGCGCAUGCUACAGGAAUACGAGGGCGAUUUGAGUUUCGCAACUGAUGCGUGGACAUCCUCAAACCAUCGCGCGUUCAUCGCGGUCACCGUACACUUCGUGCUGAAUGGGGAGCCAAUCAGCAUGUUGCUCGAUCUCGUGGAGGUUGCGGAGGUAAGGGCCACGGUGUGA